ACCUGUUUCAUUAAGGACGUCAAAUCUCAUUCCCGUGGAUAGGGUUGACUUAACUCGCCCGAUUGCCUUGUGAAAUCGUUUAAACACCUCAGCUGCUUAUUUUGUAAACUUCAACAAGGUGUUGCCCAUCUGAGCGGCACGUAUAACAAUUUUUAUGGACCGGUCACCUCUUCAUCCGCCCAUAGAUACGGAGUUUAACAUGCAAGGUAAGCUUUCUAGUAUUUAAUUAAAGUUCUCAGCAUUGCCUUUUCAUGCCGUGGUUAACAACACGUGAAACGAGGGGCUAAAAUCAUUUCUUUGCACCACAAAGGGUCUCAGGUGAGGCCCCACCUGAAAAGCAGUUAAUUAGGCUCAUAUUCUUGUAACUAUAGAAGAAAAACGCCAGAAAUAGUUUCACAAAGAUAUUUAACUUCCAGUUAGUCGCAAUCCCAGCUCGCUUGGUGCUUUUCGAGGCGUGUUUCUGGCAUCGUUCGUUUGUUUUGAUUCGCGUGCAAAACAUCAAACGAGGACUGGCUGUGAGGAGUUUCUUUACAAAACGGCCUCACGAUAUUCUAUACUUAAACUUUUUUAUAGUCUUCUGAAGCAUUGCAAUCAAAGGGUCUUAGACAAAGUUAGAGAGAUUUCAGUCUGGCGACUAGGGGAUUAUAAAUUUCGUUCGAUAUCUUUGCGAUUAUGCCCGGUCGCCUCGCCUCGCAUUGAUUUCAUAAGGCCACGAAUUGAUCAUGUCAGCACAAGAGGGCUUCUCAAGCGAUUGUCUGUGCGAAAUUUCCUAAGUAACCUUAUCAUUGAUCUACCAACUUAUUUUCCCUCAUCAAUAGUUGUUAUUGAACUGUGAUUGGCUGAAACCUAGGUAAAAGUUUCCACUGUAGUUUAGGGGUAGUCUAACGGGUUUUCUCGUUUCAUCCGCAGCCGUAGAGCGCAAGCCUGUUAUCUUGUGCAAAGUUUGUGGAGACAGAUCUUCGGGAAAACACUACGGCGUGUUCACCUGCGACGGCUGCCGCGGUUUUUUUAAACGAUCAAUACGCCGGAAUUUAAACUAUCAGUGCAAAGAGCGCGGAAACUGCACGGUCGAUGUAACACGGCGAAAUCAGUGCCAGGCCUGCAGAUUAAAGAAGUGCUUUGAAGUUAAGAUGAAUAAAGACGGUAAGCGGAAGGACUUUAUCUGUAAAGCUCGAUUCGUCGUUAAUUUUAUCUUAAAUUUACGUAUAUCUUUUUACGUCUAAGUCCCUUUGACUAUGGGCAGUGCUCGCAGGCCAUAAUCCCCUUGUGUACAUAAACUCGCUCGGGCGUGUAAUACUCUAUGCAGUACAGUAUGGACCGGUUAACUUGCAAAUGGAUAAAUUUGUAAUUAGUUGUAAGUUAAUUUAUUUACCCACUGGGUAAUUUAGUGAAGUUUUAAUAGUUCCACAGAAAAAAGCGGUCUCUUUUUAAAGGCCUUAAUUAGCCAUAAGCGUACUGAACAAAUCUGGUCGCUUCUUUAUGCUUUGUUUAUUCGGCUCAACUUUAUUGCUCGAUUCCACAGUCGUUCGUCUCUCAGUGAAUUAGCAAAAAUGUUAAAAGUAGAAAUAAAAGCAAGAAAGACAUAUCAAACUUGUGUUUCUGCAAAUGAACCAAAUUAAAGUAUAUUAUGUGAACCUCUGUGUGCAAUCUGACCCAUCAUAGAUAAAUUUAUCAAUUUCAUCAGCACCUUUGUCACAACACAAAACGGCGGCAAGUUUCCCUUUUAAAACCUCGGAUAUCAUAUCAUAGACUAGAAAAAGGAUACAACUCGUUUUUUUUUUUAAAGUAAAAGCUUUUCACAAUAUUUAAUUAAAUCAACAGUACGUUUUGGAAAAGUAACAAUAAAUCCUUCUAAGAACAAAAUUGUGAUCGCCUUGCCAGAAGAAAACAUCUGCCCCUAACGACAGUUCACCGGCAGGUCUUAUUUAUAAUUAACGCAAUCUAAAUUGCAGAUUUCCACUUUUAUAUUAUCCUUUUGCGUUAAAUGGGCCUGAGCUAAGAUAUAUUAAAUUUCUGUUAUGUUUUCUUAAGAACUGUUUUCUUUUCUCGUCACCGACUCACAUGCCUCUAAUGUUGCUUUUUCAGUUAGAGUAAAUGUAUACCCCACCACUGUCACCUUAAAAAUGCCAAUUGGCUGCGCCAAAAAAGUGUCAUUUGCGGGAACAUCCCUGGUACACAAAUAUGUCUUAACUGCGGUUUUGGGCGACCUUAGGGUUCCCUUGGUCUUGUUUAAUAAUUUACGUCGGUCUUGUUUGACUCAUUCAUAUGAGUGUGAUCGAAUCGAGGGACUGUGGCGGCUUCAACUUUUAACGCAAACAAAUGUUAUCAUAGCCAACAAAGGGCAACGGGUUGGUUUUUAAACCCCAGACGGGUACAAAAAUUAAGAAAAAUGCUGGAUAGACAAACUUUAGAACGUCAUGUUGCAAAUUAAUUAAAAGCAAAAGGGGAAGCUAAUAUUAAACAGCUUCAACAUCCGCGCAUUUCUAGUACUAUAUCCGUCAUUAACAUUCUUUUUUUGUUCAAAUGAUACUCUAAUUGAGAAUCGUCAUAAGUGAACUCCAAAUUCAGAAUCAUCUUAAAAUGCAUCGGAAAUGGUUGCUUGUUUAACGGCAAUUCCCAACAUUUCACAGGGUGCGGUUAUUAAAUACUUUAGCAUGCUAAGAAUCCUCAAUGUACUCAAAUUCGGAUCGGAACCAACUAAAAAACGUGUUGUUGUUCAAGAAACUCCCUUGCACUAAAACGUUUGACCGUUAAGAAUUCUUUAAACGUUUCAGCAUUUUCAAGAGCAAGCUUUAUUUGCAGAUUUGGGCAAAAUGAGAAGCAGAGCUUGAAAGUCAAUAGGGCCGGGAGGCAUUUUGAAUAAACUAAUCUUCAGAGAUUUUGACAGCGACCAGGCAAAAUUGUUCAAAUCAUGACUUUAGAUCAAGAGAAAAUAAUCUAAAAACAAAUUAUCUUCUUUUAGAUCGAUGUAUUGCAUUGUCUUUGUCAAAAAUGCUGAAUCUGAGCCAAAAAUUGAUAAAUUAAAUUUCCAAAAAAUUCUUUCUAAUGAACUGAAACACGCUCUUUCAUGGAGAUUGCUCGAUCCACUUUAAAGAUAUUUCGCAGGAUACGCUCACAUUGUUCCAGAUUAACUCUUAAGAAACUGAAAGUGUGUAUUGUGGUUUAAAGCGUUCUUUUCGAUCUUAACUCAGUGGUGUGUGGGCUGCUUUCGAAUGUUUGUGUUUUUGGAUAACCAUUUUAUUAAAUGUCCAUAAUUCAAGACAAUUAAGGCCAAGUUUACUGGCUUUUUGGCAUUGCGACAAAAAGAAGCAUUAAUUUUGGUGUUUGUUUAGUUUUUCACCUGAACUUAAUAUUCGGUCAUCUUCGUCAAAAUGAAACUACCACUUGCGUACGUUUUGCUGUGAAAAGCCUUCUUUAACAUGUUUACUGGCAGUUAAAACAUGCAUCUUAACACGACAGUGAAAAAAAGUUUGCCACAAACUCCUUUCUGUAAGUUUAUUUUAGCUAUUUAUGUCGACAAUUUCUCUAAAGGCUUUCGACGAACAAUUAAAGUUUGUUUGACAUAUUUGCAAAUUGUUUUAAAAACUUUAGAUGCGAAAAAAUAUUCAGGUACUUUUUCCCUUUAAGUGAUACACUACGUCGCAAAAAGUAUACGAUAUCCCAUAUCAACUCUACGUAAUGAAAACGAGCAUUAUGAUUGGUUCUUGAUAAGUCCUGAUUAGGCAAUAUAUGAACUGUACAAUAUCAUUGAAGGCACCGAUCACGUACCAAGUUGUACUUUAAAGGAACCCCGCGAGAAUUUUUGAGCCACAUUUUCGAAUGUAUACCUUACUGAGUUGAUUGUUUGGAAACCUCAAACUAUUAGUUUUGCGAAGGAAGAUUUAAAAUUAAACGACAAUCUUUUCAGUUCACGAAUUGUUGACCUAGCUCUUUUAAAAUUAGUUUUGAAAAGGAAACUUUUGUGCGAGAAUUAAGCUUCGGUAAAACGGGCGACAAAAACAGCGAUGUUGCUCGUUUUACCACCCUCGUGACCUGUUAAAAACCCAGUUUGUUGCGAGACAGGUUUGGCGUGGGUGGUAAAAAGCGUAACAUCGCUAUUCAACUUAUUUUGCAGCAAUUUUACAAGACAAGUUGCACGCCUUUUGUCGCCCAAUUUAUCGUACCUUUAGUAACUUGUUUUCUGCUCUUAUACGAAGAAGGGCCAAGAGACUUACAAAAUCUGUUCGCUAUAACAAGGUUUCGUUAUGUCGAGGUUCUAUUCCAUAUAUUUUACUAUUGCUGGGUAAAAAAUAUCGUUUAUUUUACCGAGGACUUCGUUACAUAGAGGUUCGUUACAUCGAGGUCUCACUGUAGUUUUUUAGAAGUAUUAUUUGUUGCGAUACCAUGUGUUGGUAAAAUGUCGAGUGAGAAAAUGAGGCUAAAAGGAUUUCCGGCAACAUUUCCUUAUUGGUUGAUGUUAAAUGUGUCUAAACUAAACUAAUAGAACAUAAAUAAAUAAAUGAAUUAAUACAUAAAUAACCUUAUUUUAGAGUUUUAGACAUUUCCAUUCUCGCUUAAACGCUUAUUUUAAUUUUAGAAGUCAGUCUUUAGUCAGCGAAUUCAUUCUAAUUACGUUGUGAAUUUUUAAUAUCCCAAUCUGACUCCAUACAAAUGUUUAUAAAAGUUACCUGGGUUGGUUUCAGCCCUUUUUUAAAAGUGAAAUUAAAUAGCUGUCUAGAGCUUUGUUUUCAACUCAGUUCUUUCUGUGGGGUAAAUGUGAACGAACUUAACAAAUAGCUAAAUGAAGAAGAUGAAAUUGCUUGCAUUUGGAUUAACAACGUCUUCUUAGUAUUUUAUGGUGGCUAUAAAGGUGUUGCAUCUUUUUAUUACUAUGAUAGUCUUCUGAUUAUAAAUCAAUUUUUGUUGCGCAAUACUACAAAAGAAUGGAGUGAAUCUCCGAGUCUUUUUCGUGACCUAAAACGGUUCCAUAGCAACGCUUUAACCUGUUUAAGACAUCCUUAAAGUUAGCAACGGCCUCUUAUUCUUUACACCCGAGCCCUAUAUACAAGCAUUCAAAAGUACUCUUGUUUUUUCCUCAGCGGUCCAACACGAGCGUGCCCCACGCUCCUCGCAGGUUGUCUCUAUGGCACCCGCGUGUUCGAUGCUCGGUGGAGUAUACGACCAGCCGACAGCGCAUGCUCCUGAGCAGCAGUUCGCAUACACCAAGAGCGACCCCAGUGAUGGUCCUCAACGCCAGUGCAGUCCUGCGUCAGAAGUGAAUCACACAAGACCCAGCGAACACACAAGCUUUUCUCCCCCAGCCUCCCGCCCUUAUCACGGCCAGAACAACAAUCAGUCCCCAGACUCCACUAAAAAGCGCAGUUUUCUCUCGAUAACAAGCAUGAUUGACACUGAAGAAAACAGCUCCCAGGCCUCGCCCAGCACAGCGCAUUCGAGUCCCAACCAAGUAAAAGAGAACGCUACCGAAGGACCACCUAUGGUUUUCCAGCCUUCCCCGGAAUCGCUAUACGAAUCCGCGGUACAACUGCUAUAUAUGUCAGUCACGUGGGCGAGAAAUAUCCCAACAUUCCUGGAUCUCCCAUUCCGGGAUCAGGCAAUUUUGUUGGAGGAGUGCUGGAGCGAGUUGUUUGUUCUGAGUGCCGCCCAGUUCUCUCUACCAGUGGACAUGGGGCCGCUCCUCUCUGCUGCUGGGCUGCAAGUAGAUAAAGCCCCUACCGAUAAGAUUGUUGCUGGAAUGGCCGACAUCAGACUACUGCAGAACGUUGUGGCCAGGUUCAAGCGAGUACAGAUCGAUUCUACUGAAUACGCGUGCUUGAAGGCUAUUGUGUUGUUCAAACCAGGUAAGUUGGCCUGUGUUUGUGGAAGAUGAGUUUGAAUUAAUGUAGUCAAGUAAUACUUGUAAUAUCACCUCGAAAAUUAAGCAAGUGCACCGGAAUGUUUAAAUUUCGUUACUCUGAACACUGUACAUAACAAGGCAUACAAAGACAUUAUUUCGGUGUACAUCUAGCGUCCAAUGUUGUUCUUCAUCUAACUCCUUAACUUAUUAGUAGAAUUCGAAAUUGAAGGCGGAAACACUUGAUCAGUUACCUAUAAUGAUACCCAAAAUGUUGUGUGUGAUCAAGCAAGAUUUUUUAGGGGCUUCAUUUUUUUAGGUAUGGUAAUGAACUAUGGCGACUUUGAAAUAAAGAAAAAUAAAAUUGGAACCAAGGGAAGUUGAACCACAACAGUGCUCUGUAAAUUAUAAGCAUUUGCUGUAGCCCCAGAACUGGACGUUGCGAUGAAUAAAAUAAGGACGUCAUUUUCGAUAAAUUUGACCAUGUAAAAGGGGACUAUAACAGAUUAAUUUCCAAAGAUGGAUAAUGGGCUAAAAUACGUCCCACACUGUACUCAGGAGAGCUCCACACUGUGACGGACCAACCUAGUCUAUGGACAAUACAAUACAAUACUUUAUUAUUUACCCACGCUACAUCUAGGAGUGAUGAAAACUCGUUAAAACAUGUUUAAAAGACGUUUAAAAGUGAAAAUAUCCUUGGCGUUUCUAACAUACGUAGGUGGAGAAUUCCAAAGUUUUGCUGCCAAAAAUGAAACUGACUUAUGGCGCCAUUCUAAAUUAAAAUUGGGUAGCGUUAAAAGUGUUCCCACCCUCUUAAAUGAUAACUACAGAUUUUAAUUUUAAAAAAAAUUCUUCCUGGAGUUCCCAAGAAUAAUAUUAGCACUUGGUGGAGUGGGAACAGAUCUGAAUUUAAAUAAUAGCUGCAACUCAAUUCCAAGUUAGGGCUUCGUUGAAGAGAUUUUAAUAAAACUUUUCACCUUCCUUUGUAGACUUGCGAGGCCUCCGCGCUCCGCACAUGGUAGAGAGACUACAGGACCAAGCUCAAGCAAUGCUUGGGGAAUAUUGCCGCAGUCACACUCCUGAUCAACAAGUCAGAUUUGGCAAACUACUAUUGAUGCUUCCUUCUCUACGAUCGGUCAGUCCAAAGAUGAUUGAAGAUCUGUUCUUCCGAGGAGCCCUUGACAAUGUUCCUAUCGAGCGAAUGCUUUGCGAUAUGUUCAAAUCAAGCUAAGUAGAAUUGAAACAACUCAGAGUACAUCAAACUCUAUACGGCAAAACAGAUGGUUUUGUUUUUUCUUUAAAAAACGUCAAUUGUCGCUGGCAAGACUUUGAAGCACCGAGUGCACGUGGGGCUUUAUUUAUAAUACCCCUCCAAUUUUUGAGCGCCCUCCAGACCUUUCAUGACCAAUCUCCAACUUCGACUGUUUUGCAGUCUUACCAGAGGAUAAAUCUCAGUUUCUAAUUAAAAUACAUAGAAAGUUACACAUCAUCAAAGACGGUUUCUUCAGAAACUUAUCAAGAAGAUAUAAAUUUGGACUUGAAAUACACGACCGAAUAGUAAAAUGAAAACAUACCUUAAACGGUAGCAAAGUACAGCUUAUUAGUCCUGAUCGAAAUUUUGUAUAAUUAGUUCACACACACACGAAUUAUUUAUUGUUAUAAGUAGCGUACAAGAGAUUCAUCCACAGAUCUGUAAGUUCAGAACCGAAGUUGUAAAUAGUAUUCAGCAUUUCCUAUGUGUAAUCGCAAUCUUUGAGUUAAAAACAAAGAAAGAUUGAAGAGAGUCUAAACUGUGAAUAUAUAAGGCUGAAAGACGUCUAACAACUUUUCGAUUUCUGGCCAGCUCUGAUGCCACCGGUACUAAAGCUAAGUGGAAUGAUUUUAUCCUGAAAGGUGCCAAAGUAAUCUCCCUGAGGCCCCAGUUGUUCAAAAGGUGAUUAACGCUAUCCACUGGAUAAAUCCUUAUCCACGUGAUAACGCAACAGGCAACGUGGCUUAGUGGUUAGAGGCCCCGAGUUCAAGUCCAACCUUGACCGCUACAUUUGUUUCAAGUGUAUUAAGGUUUGACUUUUUUGAUACAGAAGACCCUCAGCAGAUUUUAAGGCAUUACGCUUACAGCUCGUAAGAACAAGUUUGCUUCAGUCCUGAAACUUAGAAGAAUUAACAAUUGACGUGUUUGAUCAAAUAAAAGCGUCAUACACCGUCAAGUGAUUUCCCGCUACUGAUUACGGCACAAAACGUGCUUCUUCCAAUGGGGAACAUUUGCACAUUAAAAAUUCGAAACUUUCCGACGCCAAAAUGGCCUUAAGAUCGUUGUUAACAUGACUCCCCUUUUAACGUGGAAUUCAUUCUUCUCUUAUCAGUUAUAGUAGUCAGAGUUCAAAUCCUUUGCCACACUUGUAAAAAUAGCCAGCUGGUUCGCCUCCUACAAGUUGAGAUUCUCAACCAUGUUAUCACGUUCUAUUUAAAUUAUUAAUUUCGUUAAGCCCCAUAAAGGAAAUGGACAAUUUAAGUGUGAAAUUUGAUUGAUUUAAUUUGACGCAAGUGGUUUCAAUACUUAUCCGUUAAAUAGUAAUUUAUCCUAUGAAUAGCGCUAUCCAACGUUUGAACAACUGGGGCCUUGACGAGAAAUAUAAUUUCAGUAACUUUUGUGGAGGUGAGCCUUUUAUUAACGUGCUUACAACCAAUGAGCAAUACCACGGAAGAGCCAUUAUAUAUUCCGAGAAAGAAUUUGUAAACGAUUUGUACAGAAACUUUAAGUGUAUAUAGUCUGCAUACUUCUAUUUUCUAGUUAUUUGAUAGAGUGUUUUAAAUUUUGCUCAGAAAAGCGAAGUUUCUAAGCGUCACAUUUUUUUCUUUAUUUUCAGCUUGAUCAUUGUAUUUUGCAGAGGUUUUGAACAGGUUUCUAUCUUAACGUUUGUAUAAAAUCUUGCUGCGCUCUUUAUACCCUGCUGCUAGCAGAGGUUUCCGGCUUUCCGGUAUGAUUUUUAGCAAUUAUGAAGUCGUUCACGAAAACUUCGUGAAUAUAUAAAUUGUAACUCCUAGACGAAAGGAACGGUAUACCUUAACUAAAGUGGAAAUUCACAAAAGAGUAAAUAAUAUUAAUAUACUACAUGUGAUCAGAACUCAUGGCAAAAGCGUACAAGCGAUUUAAUCGGUCCAAAGCGUGAAAAUCGCGCAAGUUAGUACUAUGAUAAGCCAAGUCCUUAAUUUUUUAUAACUUGACAUUUUUCAUAAAAAGGGAGCUUUCCUCCUUGUUUUUACUUUAACUUAGUGUUUAGGGUAUAUUUCCGCUUUCAUUUUUCAGGUUGUUUUAUAGUAAGAAACUGAAAUGAUUAUGUCUGGUAAAUGUACAGUUUCAAAGGGCUGAUAUCCGGGGGGUACUCAACAAAGUUCAGUACGGGGAGGCACCGCCCCGACGUUUAACCCCUCACCCUUUUAUAUACCAUUUUUGGCAGAAAAGGCACUCCUUACGUAUACUUCUCAGUUAAAAACGGUACCUUUGUUCACAUACUUAGUUGGGAAAUUUACAUCCCUUUUGAUUGCUAUAAAUGCACUGUCUAUAAAAUAUGAAUAUAUCACUGUCAAAACCAGAACUCUUCUUCGACUUCUUCACAGUCACAAAAUGCACCGUUUACCCUUUUGGGCCUUUUCACAGACCCAAAUGACAUAUCUGUUAGUGAAUAACUGGAGAAGAUAGGAAGAGAAAUAACUCCAAACAACAACUAUUAAACUGACCAAAGCAAGUCAGUACAUUUCCUAGUCUUGUAAAUACCAAUUUUAUCAAUUUGUUGCUCAUCAGAUUAGGUUUGCUUGUUUGUUUGUUCGAUUUUAAUUUAUCUGGAAUACGACUUUUUUAUUAUUAAUAUUGCAUAUCCUUUCUUGACACUCAUACUUUUUUUUUAUUCCAAAAAAAAAAUUGAAUGGUUGUGAGAACCUUAUUUCUUGUUCAAAUAGUUAUUUUUUGGUUUGUUUUAUUACUUUUUUGUUUCUUUUAUCAGUACUUUUUUAAUUGCAACGGUUAUAUUUUCCUUUGUAUGGGCGGGUUAUUUUACAUUUUUACCACCUUUUAUGCCACCUUACUUUAAAGUUUCUACGAAAAAUCGCAUUUUAAUGGAACUGAACAACAUUUAACAGUGUAUUUUUAAAACCUUUUUCAAGUAAUCCAUUUUUAAUCUAAAUGUAAAUAGCGAAAGUUUAUAACUGUGAGAUAAUGUCUAAGAAAUAGAGCUUUGUCUGAGCAGUCAUUUAAAUAAAACCUUCUAAAAAAAUCACUCUGAUUUUUAAAGUUUAUUGUUGGAUAAUCAUGUUGUUUCAAACGCUGAAGUCUGUCUUACGCAUCGAUGAAGAAAACCCGCUUUUCAAGCUUUUCAGUUUUGUAGCUACUACCGUCAUUCGUUAGUGGACGAUUGCUUAGUCCCUAAGUUUCAUUAUUGCAAGCAGCCGAUGAAUUUCGGGUCACGUGGUUCUAGCGAGUUGCGAGUCUCUCCUGGCCAUUCGUCUCGUAUACGUCACCGAAAUGCAUUUACACAAAAACCAUUUACGCACACUUGUUUUAAAAUUCAAACGACAGUUAACAUGGUUUAGUACCCGGAGGGGCAUCUGCCCUGGUAUCCACAAACUAGAGAAAACCACUUUUGCGCUAAAAAACAACCAAAUGUGCCUAUAAAAUGCCACACGGGGGAGGAAAGACGGCAAACAGCACAUUUCAGGAUUUUUGAUUAAUCUCACGGAACGCUUGAAAAGUCGUAUCUUCUAACCAAUUUGUUAUCAAACAGUGAAGUGAUCUUCAAAUUCUUAAUUAGGGGGAGCAAAGAUCGGUUGACUUAAUGACUGGGCCCGUUGAAUGCGGAAGAAACUGUGAGGUUAGGGUCGAAGUCGCUCACGAACUGUCGCACUGCUGACUUAACCAAUUAGGGCUAUCAGGUCAAAAUGGCGCGCGCAAAAAAAAUAACGGCUAACGAUUAAGUAAUGGUUUCGCGUUACCAAGGUUUCGCGCUCGUGUUGUGAAACAAACAAUCUUUUUUCCCCGCAAAUUUUUCCCCUUCCAAUUUAAAAACUUCCCUUUACCGGAAAUCCUUCCAAGUUACAUGAAUCUGACGCUUAUUUGGUCUUCUCUUAGCUCCCUAUUGUGAAUACUUUGGCAAUAUUUUUUCUUUCUUUAAUUUUUUUACUAGGUGUUCCUCAUGACGCGAACUUCAACAAUGUGAAUUCUCUUUGCGAAAAAUUAAAACAUUUAUAGGCAUUGAUUAUAUUUGAUUCCUCUAGAAAAGGCGUUUACUAACCUUAAUCGGGUUAAUCUCUCCUCAUACUGUCAUCAAGUCUUGAUUUUUUUCUCUUUUCCUUACGUGAUAUUUCCCAGGCAAAACUUCGCCGAAGAUUUCACUUUGUGAACUCCCUUUAUGACGCAAAUUAACGUCAUUUAGAAUAUGUAGCGCGCGGUGAUGCUUUUUUAAAAGAGUCCUAUAAGUAGAGUGGGAAAAGUUUGGUAACUUCAAGCGUCACGGAGGGUUGAAAACAAUCCCUUAGUCUAUGUACAGUCGAGAGAGCAGCUGUACACAGGCAAACAAUCCCGUUCUCUGAUUAAGUUUAAACUUCCCAUCAAUUCAAAUCUGUAUAAGCCUUUUGACCUAAAACCGUACAUCGCGGCCAGUCUUAUGUCAGCGCCCUCUCCCACCAAGUUAGCUUGUAUGAAUUUUAUGCAUGCUUAGGGCAUAGGGGAAUCAUCCGGAAUUGUUCCUAUCCUGAAGCAACAUUUUCUAGCACCAUACCUCUACCAAAGUCUUGAAUUUGCCUAUAUGACCACGUAUAGUAAUUUUCCCCGGUAAUUAUAGGGCGCAAAAAAAUCCGUGUUUGUAAAAACUAACUCUAUGUCAAAAAGUUAACUGUCAAUUCCAGAAUGAUUUGCUGAUGAUAAUGCUCAUAGGUGAUCAGAUCAAUUCGACUGCAGUUUAUAAUAAAUAAGCACGAGUAAAUUUGAAAGAAAAAAUAUGCGGGUACUUUAAUAAUGUAGUAAUAAUGACAAAAACGAUCAAUAUAAUAAUGUGAAUAAAUAAUAAUAAUAAUGAUAAUAAUUUACAUGUGACAACCAGUGCCCCAUUACUUGCAUGUACAAAUGGUUCACGUCUUGCCUAUUUGCCCCUACAAACCAGCAUCUAGACGAAUGUAACUUGAUGGAGGGUGCGCAGCGGGGUGAUCACGCAGGAUGUAGUGGUACAGUGGACAAAAGGGCCAUUUAUACGAGAAAAAAUAAGACGCGAACUGAACCAUUUCUACGAGUAUGUCUUAUCUAAGACAAUAACAGCUCGUAUAAAUGGUUCGCGUCUUAUUUUUGUUCUUGACUCGUUUUCAUGUGAAUGAACUGAACUUACUUUUUAAGUGUAAGUUUAUAAUACGAAGAUAGCAGUUUUGAUUAGUAAAUAUGAGUUGUGAUAGUUUAAAGAUAAAAGGGUCUACUUACUCAGCAGACGUCACGCAUUUGUCCAGGAGGUUUGCUAUCGACUUCUCCUUAAAUAAUAACCAGAAAUCCUUUUCCUUCGCGAUGGACCAAGUGUUUCUUUUUGCUUUUAAUGGCGAGCUCGAGGCGAGCUCAUUGUAAUUGAGCGAAGAAAAAAAUAAAGCAAAAUAGACAAGAAAACGGAAACGCGUUGCAUUUGUAAACGACUUUUCCUCGCCAGUAGUCUGCCAGUCCAGCGCGGGGCAAGCGAUAAUUUCCCGCCAAAAUUAACGCAUGCGUACUGUGCGUUCGCGUCUUAUGUAAGACGCGAAGGUCAUUUAUUCGAAGUUUUUUUCUUCUUAGCUAAGACGUACCCGCGACGCGUCUUAUCUAAGAACAGGUGUUGAGGGCUGUUCUAAAAUAAGACGCGUCUUAUUUUAGACAAAAUGUGCCGCAUAUACGGAAAGUUCGCGUCUUAUUUUUCUCGUAUAAAUGGCCCUAAUCAGUUGAUUGAUCGGACGGUGACUUUAGAUUGUCACAGGGAAAGGCGCAAUCUAAGUAGGGCAUGGAUUGAUGUUAAGAAAGCGUAUAAUUCAGUGGGUCAUGGCUGGUUAAAUGGGGUAAUAUUGUUGCACAGGUCUCCGGUCUGGUUGUGUUGGGUCACCGCCAAGCUUUGUAGAAGCUGGAACACGAGAGUGUUGGUUGUCACAAGGAAAGGGAAGGAAACCUCCCAACCGAUCAAGAUUCAGCAAAGGUGUUCAUGAAAAAGUUGGCUUAUCAUUUUCAUACCGAAAAGGAACACAUUCGAAUUCAAUGUUUUUCUCAGGGCUUUUGUCAUUUAAACCUCUGUGGGAUUACCAAUUAAUUUAAAUAUGCGCACAAAAAAUGAAUUAUGGAUUCUGGUGGUGAAGUAAAACGUCAGGGGUAAUAUGACACCAUCGUUCAAAUGGCCAAUUCACAUUGAUUUCUAUCCUAGCGCGUUCAGUCAAAACAACGGGGUUUGAAACUGUUUUUAAAAAGUUGAGAAGUAACAAAAAGCGGCCCAACAGUCAACGAAUUGUUCAAACAUGUCUAAAUCACUUUCAUGGAAGGAAAUGUUAUCGCCGUUUGCACGGCCGGCGAUUUACCUGGCAGGCGACAGCCGAAUGAGGUGAAAUCUUCUCUUUUCCGAUACUUGUCAAAAUUUCCUCCACUUCAGCACCCUUCUAGACAAACUCUUUUUGGCCUUUUCAGCCCUGCAGAUUAAAAACGGCUAUACAUAUAGCUAGCUGAUGAAUAAACACACUGUUCAAAAGCUAGAAUCAUCACUUCAUGAGGCUUUGACAGCUCCGUCAGACUCUAAAUCUUUCGAGAAUUAUUAAAAAGCCAUGCCAGCGGGCUCCGACACUACUUAUCCAUAUUACCUUCUAGUUCCUCUUAUAGACAUCACUUUUGCCAAACCGUCAACCAAAAACGUAUGUUUUUACGGUGUUCUCAACCUUUGAACUAUUUUCAGGUGCUGUUUUGCGGUAUGUAGCGCUCGCGAAAGAAACAAUAGAAACUCUACGCAAAGCCGAUACAAAUUUUGCGCUACGGAGGUCAAAUAUGAUUGGCUCUCGUUGAGUUUCUCUGUUUAUUAACCAAUCAAUACUUUGUCUUUGUUUCUGUGUCAUGUUUUCUUUAUAUAAGGGACGGACCAUUAGAAAACUUAUGGGGGGGGCGGGCGAAGUACAAAAAAAAAAUUCGCGCAAGGGAAAAUUAAAUGAAAAAAAAUUCUUGCACGCCAAUAAACCCUAAGAAAUAUUCAAGCAAGGGCCUGAAAAAAAUUCAUACAAGGAAUUUGAUAACAAAAAAAAAUUCCUGCAGCUCGAAAAUUCCCCUCCCCCCCCAUAACUUUUCUAAUGGUCCGUCCCUAAGAAAUCUGAGCCAAUUUCCCAUGAUCUUUGUUCUGGACUUGCGUGACCAAAUAUUACUUUUAACCCGGGGGGUACUCCCAUACAUUACCUAUACGGGUAUGUGCUUUGGUAUGUGCCGCCCAACGGGGUCGUGAUUUUGAAGCUGCUGAUUUAGAACGGGGUAUCCAUUUCAGAGGCGUUUUCUAGAACGGGGUAUAAAAAAUUGUGGAUCACUUCUUUAUCCUCUGCUUAAAAUUGUUGCUGAUUAUGAAGAAGCAUUUAUUUGAUGUAUAAGUCGAACAAAUAAAGAAAUAUCUUUUUAAAAAAACAGGGCUAUUUCAAUUUUCAAACUUUCUAGAACGGAGUAUAAAAAAUUGACCCAUUUCUAGAACGGGGUAUCAAUUUUAGAGGAAUUUUUUUUUUAGAACGGGGUGCCAAUUUGGAGUCCCGGGCGGCACAUACCCACCCCAAAAAUACCCAAGUGCCCCCCCUUCCGGGACCUGAAAGUAGUUUUGAUUUUAAAAUAUAUAGAUUUAGAGAUAUAGGGCUAAAAGCGAAGCUUUCGAAGCUCUCUAUUGUUUACUCAAAAUGAAAAGCAACCAAUCACUAUACAAUAGAUUCCCGCGCAAUUGCUGUCAUUUGCUUCUUCAAAUCAGCUUCCGCCUUGUUCGAGUGUCUCUGUUGCAGUGGAGGAAGAUUAUUUUAUUUUUUUCUCAAGAGAAGGAGAGCGAAGCAGAGUAGAAAGACGAGUGGAAAAAAAAGCAGGUUACAGCGAAGAGAUUGGCACAAAUGUUUCAGUGGAGUAAGUCAUUCCGCAGAUUGUUGUAAUGGAGCUGAUGUUUUUGCGGAGAAUACAUGUGACAACUAAGGAAGAACUUGAAAGGCUGAUGAUGCGGGAACUCCAACGUCAACUAUUUUGACUACUUUCCAGUUUGAUGUGACGGGCACGGGGUCCGCGGGUAUACUCGUGGCUUGGAAAAUAUCGGUUCAAUUACAGUAAUCUGCGGUAUGACUUACUCCAAACAUUUGUCAUGAUUUGUGCCAGUCUCUCCGCUGUCACCUGCAUUUUUUCACUUGUCUUUCUACUCUUCGUUCUCCUUCUCCUGAGCCGUGAAAAAUAACGUAAUCUUCCUCCAUUGCAACAGAAACAUGAACUUUUAAGUGACGUCUAGGUCUAGCAUCUCUGCAUUAGAGAUCCGGCAAAAAGGAACCAAUCGGUUUCAUUUAAGCGUUGAAUGGACCUUAAGCCUCGGUGCCAGAGGUUUUUUUUUUCGGGGAAGUGAGAAAAAGCUUUUUCUUGCUUUUUCUCUCUUCCCCGAAAAAAAAACCUCUGACACCCUGGAUAAGUGGACCUCUGCAUUCAAAGGUUUCAUGUACGAGGAUACUGCUAUUUAAUGUUUGUUCAAUUCUGUCAGUAAAGUCAUUACCAGUCUGCUUUAGUGCUUUUGCUCAGACACAAAAUGUUCCUGUAGAGUUAUAAAGACGAUAACAAACAAUUUCAUUAUGGAGCACUAAUCACUUGAAAAAGUUGGUCCAGCUUUUUCAAUAGCAUAUCCAUCCUUGCUAUCCUUUGCAACAGACGCCAGGGAACAGUUUCCACAAAUCGCGUGACAACAAUGACAGUAACAAUGACAGUCCCUCGUUCCCCUCUCGUUCCCGCCCUUUGCCUUUACCGUAGUAGCCUGGAUCGAGGCCUGUCACCAUCCCGGCAUCAACAUGGCCGCGAAUAGAUCAACAGAAUUCGUAAAGUUGUGCGCUCUUUUUGCAUUUAUUUUCGCAAUAACUGAAACUAAAACUGUCGAUGUCGAAAAAGAAAAGGAAAGGGCAGCUGCCGAGAAAGAAAACAAGUACCAUGCCAUCGACACAGCUUUCUUGUUAGCCAUGAUGUUCUUAUUGAUCAUAACUGUUCUGACCGUAUGGCUUUUCAAAGUCAAACGUUUCCGCUUUCUCCAUGAAACAGGAGUGUGCAUGAUUUAUGGUGAGUUAAAUGUUUUUUUCUCUUAUUUUACUGCAGUAGAAGCUUAGCUUUCCCCUCCUAUCAGGGUGUUUACUUGUUGUGCAACGUACAUGUAAUUGUUUAAGCUUUUAAACAUCUUGUAACCUGGUUUAUGCAGCACGGCCAGCUGUCAUACACUUUCGAAACAAAUCAUUUUGGACUUACAGAUAAGCUAAUUCACAGGAAACUGCACUUAAAAUUUCAUCGGCGGACAAAUAAAUAUAUAUAUAUCAUAUGGCUUAUUUAUGUAGUUGUUAUUAUGGAGCCAGUUCUACAGGAAAAAAUAGUAGUUUCACUUUUUAUGUUCUUUGGGUCAAUACAUGUAAGAUGAGCCAUCUCAAUAGUUAGAACGACAUUAUACAGGAUGAUAAAGAGCCCUACAGAAAAGCACUGGGCUUAACUACAGAAUACAGGGCAAAUUUUCUAGAUAUAUUCGUUGGGGUGGCUCGGUGGCUCGGUAGUCCCGACUGACGAGCCACCGAGCCUUCGAGCCACUAAAUUAUAUAACCUCGACUGACGAGCCACCGACCGCCGAGCCGCCAAGCCACUAAAAUAUAUACCUAUAAUUUGCUAUAAUACGUACUAAAAUAUGUGCCUAUUAUGUCUGUCUUAUACUUAUAUGUCCCACAUCUUUCUCGUUCUUUAAACACUUGUCAUGACUAGCGAGCCACCGAGCCACUUCUGUUUAAGACCUUAAAAUAUGGCCCUGUAUUCUGUAGUUGCUCCAAGCACUGCUCAAGCUUUAAUUUAAUGGUCACACUUCAGUGGUGGAUCCAGACCUUCAGAUAAUCGGGGUGGUCAUCCAGACUAAGGGGGGCAGUCUCAAAAGAAUUUUUUUGCCCCAUUGGGCCCGGCUCAGUUUGGUCUAAAAAUAAGGGGGGACCCAGGCCCCCCUGGCCCCUCCCCUGGAUCUGCCACUGCACUUUUGGAUGUCAUCCCUGGAUUUAAAUUUUACUCCACCAUGGUGUGGGUGGGGGGUGGAUGGAACCCCUCCCUGGAGUUUCUGAUAUGUUGCAGUAUUUUGAAGCGAUUUUACCUUUAGUGGAAAGCCAUUGAUCUUCUUAACAAGAUGAGGAAAAUUUUAUGGGUGGUGGUGCUGCUAGAGGCCUGUGACAUCUGUUCUACCCUGAGAGUAUAUAUUUACAUGUACAAGUCCAUACAGCAGCUAGUACCACAAGAUAGUCUUACUCUGCUGCUGUCAUGUAGGUGACUUAUCAUAAAUUAUUAGGGAGCUUAAGCAACAACGACAGUGAUGGCUUCAAAAGCCUCACUUAAAAAGUGAAUUCUAAAGGACUAUAACCAAGUUCAGGAAAAGGAAAAGAAAAUGGUUAUCUUGUGUUCAUGCCCUCCACUAAACAUGAAAAUAGGCAUUUUCACGUUGUAGUCAUGCAGUGACAACAAGGAAAUGUACAAAAAAGCAUGACACAUGUGCAAAGUUGUUUUUUUUCGAAUCUAAACCUGUUGUUUCUUUGCUGCUCUCAUUGUUGUCGCCAUUCUCAUUGCUUAACUCCUCAUUGUGUGGUUGUGUAGGUAACAUGGCAUUUCCUGAUGUACAUGUUGGUCUCUAGACUUAUCUACCAACUAAAUAUUUUUAUAGCUUGUUAGAUUUUUCGUUGUACUCCAUCCCUGAAUUUAUAACAUUUCCCUCUUAUCAGGCAUGAUAAUUGGUCUCCUUAUAAAGUACAUUGGAGGAGAAAGCCGUGUUCCUGUUGCUCAACCCAACUGUACGAUCCCUAGCACUACAAAGAAGCUGUAUAUCAGGACAGUGAAUGGAAGCCAGUAUUCCUAUUCUUUAUCUGGACCUGUGCAACAGGAUAACUCCACAGAUCAAGGGAGUGAGCUGGAACAAAAGGCAAGUGAUGUUGACUUUCAUAGAUUUUCUUGAGUUGUUUGAACUGUACAGACUAUCUAAAAACAAUGCAGAUGUGCAGUUGACUCCCGAUAAUUCGAACCUUCGUGGGAAAUAGAAAACAGCUUGAGUUAUUGGGAGGUCGAGUUAUUGAGGGUAAAAUUACACAGAAAACAAUCUAAAGGGAAAUGAAAAGCUUCAAGUUAACAGGAGGUUUGAUUUAUAGAGGGCUCAAGUCACCGAGAGUGGACUGUAUGUUAACAAGGUAUGUUAACAAGGUCAAGGCUUCGAGAUAACAGGAGGUUCGAGUUAUAUAGGGUUCAAGUCACCGAGAGUGGACUGUAUGUUAACAAGGUUUUAGCCAGAAGUGUGUCCAGGCUUACUGUGGAGUCCAAUGUUUAGAGGUAUUUUGAAAAUAGAUUCAUUCAUAGCCAUCCCCAAGACUUCAGGAAAUAAAAUAAAAUAAUGAAGAAAUCAUCUUGAGACUGAACAGUGAAUAAUGCACUUCUUUUGUUUUAUUCCCACAAACCUCAGAGCCAAGUGUGAGUAAUUUAAAAGAGAAAUAUAUGCAAUCUGCCUAGCUAUUCCCUCAAUCUCCUACAAUUACCUUUAUUUGAGAAAACAUGCCUCCUGGACUCCUCAUUUUCAAUGUAUAGCUAAAAGCUUGCUCCAGCUUUAAUAUCAUAGCCAGUUUGUUUGGUCUGUACACACCUGUAGACUGCCUCUUGACGCUAAUUAUGGCAUACAUGUACAAGUAUGUAGCUCCCUUCGUAAAAGUGUGUAACCUUGCGUGAUAUGUGUACAUGUACAAUCAAAGUCCCCACUAUUAUUAAUGUCUUGCAUUUAGGUGAGUGCCAAAAUGCUCCUUUCUCUGUAGUGUGACUGUCCUUUGAUUAAAGAGAAUUUUUAAUGUUACUGAUAAUUAUUAAAAAAGUCCAUACCUAUAACUUAUGAUUUACAAACUUUUCACAUGUUCUGUUAUCAUCCUUGACUGGCAUGGGUUUCAAUAAAAAUUGAUUCAGAAGUAGCUAGCAGGUGUGAAGAGAGUAACCGACCGUAUCACCAAGUGGCUGUAGUUCCCUUUUUCUAGGGGGGUCUGGGGGUGUGCUUUCCCAGAAAAUUUUGAAAUUUCAAAGCCUUAAAAAGCAAUUUUCAGUGUUCUGGGGACUAAAUUGAGGACAAGAGAGCACGUUUUCCAUUAAUUAAAGAAAAUGUAGCUUUCAUCCCACUUUCAAUUAAUUUUGUCGGUCACAUAAUCAGUUCCUACCUGCAAUGAACAAAAUAUGAUGAAAACUACGUACAUUUGCACGUAAACAAAUUCUGCGUAAACCUGUAUUUGUAAAUUAUAUAUUUUCAUUCAGAUUUUAUUAUACAUUUGUUGUUUUCAACAUUAUUCAAACUAGUGCUUCUUCUUUCUAGAAAAAAGUAGCCGACUUCUAUGAGCAAAGUAGCCAACGCCUUUCGUCGGCCGUCAGUGCUUAUUGAAACCCCUGACAGGGUAAAUACUAAUACAAUUCAACAAAAGAAAUUUCACAUUUUUCAUUUUGGUUCUUAUUGUAGGCUGUGUUUGAUCCUGAGAUAUUUUUCUAUGUGCUGCUACCUCCUAUAAUCUUUUAUGCUGGAUAUGACAUGAAAAAGGUAUUUGAAAAAAAAGAUGCUGUAAAUAAUUAUAUUAAAAUAUUGUUGUCUUUGAGUCAAAUAAACAUCAUUUAAAAAACUUGGCAACCAAGAAAAAAUAAUGGAAUAAUAUAACAAUAAGAACCUACAUGACAUCUACAGUUCUUUACUGUUUCAGCGAUUCUUCUUCAGAAACAUUGGCGCAAUUUUAACAUAUGCUUUCGUUGGUACCACUGUGUCGUGUGUAGUCUUUGGGUAAGUUUGUAAUUGGUGACAUUUUACUAAAAAUCAAUCAUAGAAUCGGCCAAAUCGAGGCUGAGUGCAAAGUCUCUGAUACGAAAAUAAAAAUUAGUUGUCUUGCAAGUGAAACUUAUUUCCAUGUAAAAGAAUUUGCACUUGGCCUUAUUUUGAAAGUGACAGUUUUGGAAACUCAAGGGAAUAGGGCUUUAUUACAGUGUUUGAUAAAACUGAUAACUAGAGUAAUCUCUUGGAAUAUUAUGUAAGGGUACCCAACCUUGACAUGUAUGUGACUUUCAGUUCACCCUAAGAGCGUUUUGUUAAGAAUUUUUUCUGCCCUUGUUAUUUAUUCUGGAGCACAAUUCAUUGAGUUCCUUUUGAUUGCCUACUCAUACAAUGCUGAAAAACAUUAUUCUAGGGCAUCACAUUAUCUCAGUAGUGUCUUAAUAACUAGGUGCAACUGCAUGUGUUAUGGUUGAAGCAAACAAUUUCAUUGCUUGUUUUGAAUUUGAAUUUCCCUUGUUUAUGGUUGUGAUGUAUGCUAAUGAAUUUAAAACAAGAGAAAAAUAAAAUUUAAACCAAGGAUUUUAAACAUGAACCACAACUCAUCACCUUAAAGGGGAUUUUAUGAUUGAUGAAGUUGCCAAAUUGGGUUAGAAAUUAAUAGCAAACAUUAAACAUGGUUUGGUCAUGAUGGUGGUGUGCUGCAUUUGUUGUUGCCACUUUUUUUUUUAUACCAUUUCUUGAGGGAGCGCGGGAGUCACUUUUAGAGUACAUUACAUGGCAAUUCACGAAUUUCCUAGUGGGACGGGAGAAUUUUUAAAAUAAACACUAGCUCUGAAUUUUCAAUCAUCAUUAAUGAAUCAAUGGAAAGAAAACAAGGCAAACUCUGAACGUUAAUUUUGAUUUAUUGUUUUAAUACCAAAGCAAAACGAAGUCAUCUUUCAUGGUAGUAACCAAAAACUAAGGGAUUGUUCUCUUUUGUUUGUCUAGAUCUACCAUGUAUGCCUACACUAAGUUUGCUACAGUAGACAAAGAUUUUGAUUUCUUGGAAUGCCUUCUGUUUGGAGCUUUGAUAUCAGCAACAGAUCCAGGUAUGUCAAGUUUCAAAAUGGUUAUGAGCAAUGUAAUAGUACGUUCAUUCAUAGUUUAGAUAGAUGCAAUUGGCCUUUUAUCUAAUUCGUAUAGCAAGAUCCAUUUCAUAUGUCUUGAUUACAGGUGUGAAAGAGCAUUGACUAAUAUUGGGUACUAGAGUGUUUGGUAUUUUGCUUUCCCUUAAUAUUGUGCUUAUAGUCACUUUAGUGACUCUUUUUUUAUGAUUUUUAUUUAACCUCUAUCUGGACAAGAAUGUACUUUCCAAAAAACUAAACUGGUUAAUAUCUUCUUCUUGUAGAAUGUAAAAUGAAGACCAUAUGCAAUUCUAGCUGCAUGUAUUCUACACUUUUUGAUCAAAGCAGAAUACAUACAAUGUAAAUGGUAAUGGUACCAAUGAUCUACUGUAUCAUGUGACCAUUUUUCCAUUUUUGUUUAUAGUCACAGUACUGGCUAUUUUCCAUGAUCUCCAUGUUGAUGUGGAUCUGUAUGCUCUAGUAUUUGGUGAAAGUGUCAUGAAUGAUGCUGUGGCUAUUGUUCUAUUCAGGUAGGAAGCACUUCCAGUGACUGUUCAUCCCUGAUCACAACUAGUGAUGGGGUCAAAUAAAGUGGUAAUCUUUACUUGAAAAUGGGUGUGAUUGAAGAACAGGUUCUCCGACAAUCUGUCAGCUCUCUGUUGGUAGACUGUUGACUAACAGUAGGCUGACAGAUGAGCAACAGUUGGCUGACGAACGGCUAACAUGUACAAACGGCCAACAGUCAGCCAAUACAUACAAAUGGUCAACAGUCGAGCUGUUGGUGGUCUGUGGGUGAACUGCUGGUUGACAGUCUACCAACAGAAGGCUGACAGAUUUUGGGGGGAGCUAUUUUUCAAUUUUACCAGGGAAGGUUUAAUACACUGCUUGUAAUGGGUAAUUUCCAUGGUUUAGGAAUCCACAGGUAAAUGCCGUAAAAAACGUUUUACAUUGAGUUGAAAUACUCAGUGGGCUCUAUUACUUUUUCAGAUCUGUAGAGACAUACCUUCUUGACAAAACAGGAAGUGGGUUUCAAGUUGAUCGAUUUUUUGAAUCCGUGGGUGUCUUCAUUGGUGUUUUCUCAGGAUCAUUCUUUCUUGGCUUUGCUAUGGGACUUGUAACUGCUCUUGUAUCCUUUUUAACCUAACUUCACCUGUCAAGCAGUGAUUGGUAAAGUCAUACUUUAAUAAUAGCCUUGUUUACUUGAAAUAGUGCCAUCCACAUAGACAUUAAGGUCAGCAAAUCAAAAUAUUCUUUUUAGUUGCGCUGUACAGAAUAAAAAAAACCAUGCACUCAACUGACCUGUUCUGAGACUUUCAUUACUUACAGAAGUACUAUAGAAUGUAGUAGUUUAUAAGAAAAAAAUAUUUACAGAAGUUUGGCUUUGGUUACAGUCAAACCCUUGCUAUAAUUAAUGAACAUUGCCUAUAGGCAGACGUCUUACAUAUCUGAGUAGACACUGCAUCAGUCUGCAACAUAAGCCCUAUGAGCGAUCCACAUCAAAUUUCUUCUUGUAAUUUCUUUACUUUACCUACCAGAGUGGUCACAAUAAUAAUUAUUAAAGACAUUCCACUUAAUUGAUACUUUGAAACAAUUAAUUUCUCCCCACUGAGAAUUUAAAUUUGGAUAUUAGGAUUAAAAGGGUUAAUUAGAUGCCUCACCUGAUGGCAUUCUUUUUCCUAAAGGAAUCUGCUUAUGAGAGGUUUGACUGUUAGUAAUAUAAUUUUUCCACAGAACUUUGUCAUUUUCUUUUAUUGCCAUCCUUGACUCCAUUUAUUGUACAGGUGACAAAACUCACAAAAAUCUCAGACUUUCCAUUGCUUGAAACAGCCUUGUUUUUCUUGCUGUCCUGGACAACUUUCUUGAUGGCAGAGGCUGCAAAUCUUACUGGUACUGAUUAUUAUUUUCAUGCACAUCAGCAUUUUAUCAGUUAUUCUCUAAAGGAGCAAAAGUUUAGUUUUUGACGAUUACAUUUUUUCUCUCUGCAGGGAUUGUUGCAGUUCUGUUUUGUGGUAUAUCUCAAGCACAUUAUACCUACAACAACUUAUCAGAAGAAUCUAAGAUUAACACUAAACAGGUAAUGGAAUAACUAGUGCCAGCUACAUGCAGUGUUUUCUAUUAAAUUAAUUAUUAAUUAUUAAACUGUAAAAGUCUAUCACCCAUGAGGAAAAGAGCCAACAUUUUUAAUUUAGUUAGUAAUUUAAGUAGAUUAGCUUAAAAAAGUAACAUUGUUAAAAAGGCUUACACUUACCUUGAUAGUUUCGAUAAUUUACAAUAAUAAUAAUAAAUUACUAUAGCAAAAGGCCUAACUUCAUUAUAUACAAUAAGUAAACAACUUUGAUGAUAAUUAAUAUUAAAAAAGCAAAAUGAAUAACUAAAAAAAAUUAUCACUUCUGUGAGAUUGAGUUCAUUUUGUUCUAUUAGCAUUUUUUUCAAAUAACCUUUGCUACUAUUACUAUUAGGGAGCUUAAGCAACAACGACUGCGACGACUAUGAAAACGUCGCUUAAAAAGUGAAUUCAUGCUACUUCAAACUUAAUUGCACUUAUUUCAACUCGUUCAAUUCAUCAAAUUUUUCUGGAGUUAAAUUCUAUAAAAAGACUGUAUCAAAGUUGAAGAAAAGAAAAAUAAAGUCAUUGUCUUAUGUUCAUGUUCUCGACAAAACAUGAAUUUAGGCACUUUCACAUUGUGGUGGUGCAGCAGCAGCAAAGAAAUGUACAAAAAAAGCAUGAUGCACGUGCAAAGUUGUUGUUUUGCCAAUCUAAAAACAUUUUUUUUUUCCCGUUCUCGUUCUCGUUGCCGUUGCCGUUACCAUCGUCGUUGCUUAAGCUCCCUAUUAUUUUACUAAAUACUUUCUUUUGCAGACUUUUGCAUUGUUGAACUUUUUGGCAGAAAGCUUCAUUUUUUCAUACAUGGGGCUGUCACUUUUCACUUUUGAAAAUCAUCAGUGGAAUAUUGGUUUUAUUUCAUGGACAUUUGUAUCCUUAAGCUUGGUAGAAAUCACUUUUAAUAAUAUUUUUCAUAAUGAUAAUACAUAUAGAGAGGAUAUUACAUGGCUGCGUGGAGAUACGGUGAUAUUUUCACUUGUUCGAGCGAAAGCUCACCUGGUGUUUCAUUGGUGUUUAUUAAUAUAAUAAAACAGUUUCAGCAUUAUUACUGUAUUGAAGAUGUGACAUAAAUUCAAUUUGCUUGUUUGUUCAGUUGCCUCAUUGUAGAUCACAAUGGUAGAUGUAUUCUCAGUCCAAUUUGAGUCUUUCUCUUGGCAGCUAAACUAGAGGGCCAGUUUUGGGAGAGAUCUCUCCCUAAAAUUAAAUUAUUAUGGUAAUCAUAUGGUCUACAUUGGGGAAACAAAAUUAACAACAAACAAAUAAGGUCCACUGAAGCAAAACUCUCUGAAUACGUUCAAUUUAAUGAUUAAUUUCCAAUGCCCAGCAUUUCCAGAUCUAAACAGUUUCUGUAAUAAACAUUUGUAUACAAAGCUAUUGUCUCAGUUCAGAGCUGUACAUAGCUACAGCACUAGAAACACAAGAACAGGCAAACAAAACUGCUUAAAACUACUGUACACAUACAUUUUAUCCUCGUUGGUCUGUUUUGCAUUCAUCUUUAGCUAUCUUUUGGUCACAUGUUGACAUUUAUUUGUUAUAUUGAGGUAAUUCUAUUCCAUACAGUGUACAUUUUAUUGUAAUUUUUCUGCGCUGAAGAAAAUCAUUUGUUAUACCAAGGAGAGCUGGUUGUUUAUGAGAUGUCUGUUGAUCGUCAACCCCACACUAUUCAGGCCUAAUGGAUAGAGUUUUUAAUGCCUGUAUCCAGAAUACUUCCAGCUUCUGUAGUAUUAUUUAUUGUUUCAGGGGAGUAGGUUAUAGAACCCAAGAAUAUAACCAGUUUUGCAAUGAGUAACAACACUUAAAUAGCGCAAAAUUUGAAAAACUAUUAUGUAUUUGGUAUCAUCUGAUUAGUUGCUUGAUUAUUAUUAUUUACAUCAUUAUUUUAAUAAUUAGUAUUUAUUUAUCAUCAGCUACUCUUUUGUUUGUAAUGAGCUGAGGUAGUUACAUUCCUUAACCAAGUUAUCUCUGUAGCUUGCCAUGACAUUAGGAAGACUUUGUAAUAUUUAUCCAUUGUCAUUUUUACUCAAUUUGGGGCGACACAGGAAAAUUAGCUUUAAGUUCCAGCACAUGAUGGUCUUUGCAGGUAAGUGGACCAAAUUGUGAAAAAUGUUUCUCAUUAUUUGUACAAGAGUUAAACCCCCUUUUUACACCCUUGUUUUAGGGUUACGGGGUGCUGUAGCGUUUGCUUUGGCAAUGCGGAACACAGAAUCAGUUCCUCGUCAAAUGAUGUUGACAGCUGUGCUAAUUGUUGUCUUAGUAACAGUAAUAAUAAAUGGUGGUGCUACAAUGUCUGUCCUCUCAUUUCUCAAAAUAAGGUAAGAAAUCUCUGAAUAUUUUAAUUAAUGUUUUCACUCCUAGACCACAUUAAGAUUAUCAUUUUGUCAUUGUUCACUAACUUUUAAAUCCAUGGAUGAAAUCCUAUGAUGUUACCAUUGGGACAUUCCAUUUUUUAUCCCCCACCCCCCAUUUAUCAAAGGCAUAAUUUAAUAAUAUCCAGAAAGAGCCCUGUCGGAAUCUGAUAUUUUGACUAUUAUAUUUGAAGUACAAUAAAGGGUUUCGGAAUUAUCAUUUUACCCACGAGGGCCUGUCGGAACAACACUAUGUUGGUCUAAGAAUCUGAUGUGUCUAUGUUAAGUGAGUAAUUUAUAAUGACUAGCUACAUGGUUUAGGAAAGAUGACCCUAGUAAAAAUAAGAAAAUGUCCCUAAAAGUAUGUUGGGGACACCAUUGGCUGUAACUUUUUCUUGAUGUCACUGCUAAAAAUGUGAUGUCUUUUGUUUUGUUUCAGAGUUGGAGUUGAUCCAGAAGAAGAGGACAGGAAAUCAGCUUAUGUCUCGGUCAGCAUUGUAGGUUUUGUUUUUAGAAACGUGGAAGGUAUUUUUUUUCCAGGAAUUUUCUGUGGAUCUCAAAGAGCCAUUUAUGUGUAAAGUCCAGUCCACUCAGGAAAUUCCUGUUAGUACCACUCAUCUGGCAAUUAACAGAAGACACUACAUAUCGCAUGCAAUAUUCGACAUUACAGAAAAUCCAUAUUGAGUGCCACAUCACAUGACACAUCAUGAGUUGUGACAUUUUCACAAUAAUAAUAAUAUUAUAAGGUGUCACAUCUGAGAGCUGCCUGUUACAUGAGAUGCCUGCAAUAUUACUGUUCGCGGUAAUGUUAUAUUAUUUUCUUGAAGCACUCACCAGAAUGAUGACUAUUUGUAACCCUGUAUGGAUACAGUCUUCUGUGCACAUGCAUAUGAAUUAAAUUAAUUUAAAAUACUGCAUACUUGAGGUCUGUUGGUUUAGAAGUUACUUAGUCUAAUUGGAUUUGCAGAGGGAGGGGGACUGGAUGGUUAGGCACUGAACAUUAUCUCUCGGUUUUGGGAAUUAUUUUGCAAAUUAAGGAAAUAAUAUAACUAUAAUGAUUUGUACUUUCCAGUUUAAAACUCUCAGUAUUACAACCAAUCACCUUUGCUGUGUAGCACUUCAGAGCAAAGCAAUAUCUUAAGGGAUUUCUAUUUUUAAAUUAAAAUUCUUGUAGGAUGACAAUGACUCUCUCAGAUCGAGACAGGCCCAUUAUGAAAGAGCAUGGAUUUUUAGAAAGUGGUACGACUUUGAUGUCAAAUAUCCUUUUAUUCCACUUCAACACUGAUUUUGAUUUUUACAAAUCAUAAUUGAUGCUCUUACAACCCUUAUUAUAUGGCCCAACCUCAAUCACCAGAGUGUAAACCAACCUUGGCAAGGUGGAGCAAUGUGACUUUUAACUGUAUCAUGUACAUGUUUGAAUAAGCUUACUCUCCUUGACAAUUCUCACAUAUAUGAAACCUAUUUUUACCAACUAUGGCCAGUCACUGACUGAAACGUUACCAGGCUGUUGUGGUCCCCUUGCAAGACGUCUGUCACCUAAACCACAACCGAAGGUAAUAAAAUUAUUAAAACAAUUAUUUGUGACAGUAUAAACUUGGUUAAAAUCAUUAAAGAAGAAGACUAUAUAAAUUUUUCCACAAACAAUGUCUGUUGUUCAUUGCAUUUACAUUGAUCUAUUUGUGACUUUUUGUCUUGCCUUUAUACAUUAAUAAUAGUAGAAUUACUAUGUCGACCAAUUUGGUCAGUGCUUGGACUUGGUGACAGUGCCUGCUGUUUUUAUGAAAGAUCAGCCCACAAGUGGACAAUGUUCCAGCUGUCUUCGAAAGGUGUUUCAAUGCCUCAGAGAACGCGAAAUUACACAGAUUUCCAAAAAAGUAAACUUUAAAGAAAACUUUUGUUAAGAUGAUGUUCUUCCUUGGUGACCUGGAUAAGUCCAUGUUAUCAUUAUGGAAUUCUGGGGGCCGAAUUGCAGAUGUCUCUGUCACAAACAUCCCUAAUGGGGAGGAGCAAUGGGAUACUUGCAGGCCACAGUUUUACUUUAUUUUUGACCAUUGUUUUUUUAACCAAGUUUGUCCUAUUUGACUUAUUUCAGGAGGAGCCUGUAAAAGCAGACAGUGAUGAGGACAUGAUAAAUGUAAAUGGCGAGCUGUCAUUCACAGGUGGUGUCAUGGUCAGGCCAACCAGUGGCAGCAUGAUUAGUAAUGAGCCAAGUGAUAUCAUGAGAGAAGGAGACCUAGGACUGGGUGCUGUUGGUGGUGCACAAGCGUGAAUCCAUCAAUUUCAGUUAGUCAAUACCAAGUUUUUAAUAGCCUAGAAAUAUAUUAAUAUUCAUUUACAUGUACUUUAGGUUAUCUUGAUCAUAAUUCCUGUCUGGGUGUGUCUGAAGGUUCACCUGGUACACAGGUAAAAAGAAGUCCAAAGAAAAAAGACUUGAUAAUGGCCAAUGCCCUCUCCUUACACUUUUAAUAUUAAUGUAGUUCACGUUGUAUAGUAGAAAAAUAUGUUAUAUUAAUAUGAUGAAUACUUAUGAAGGAUUGUAGCAAUACAGUCAGGGUCCUUUAUAGCAGACAAUGUAGAGAGCUUGAGUUAGUGACCUUAUUGGUAAGCGUCCUUUAUGGCAGGAGUCUAUUUCAGUCAAAUGUCUGUAAUUUAGUUUUGCCUUGGAAUUUAGCUGCUGCCCGUAUUAUCAGGGUGUCCACAAGGCAAGAGUAAUCAUAAAAGGUUUGAAAUAUUGUCAGUAGUAAAACAUUGUGAAAAAUGAUAAUGGAAUCUUUUGCUAAGGUUGGCCAUACAAUCAUGGUUUGUUGUAUUAUAGAGUCAUUUUUGUUGUACAUUCAUAAACAGUCAUUAUUUAGAUCACAUAUUAUUUUUGACAAGUUGAAAAAUAAUUAAUAAUAAUUAUUACGACAUUAUUAAGUUCUAGAGUAACUGAAAAUAUUGUUGAGUCUUGACAAAAAGAUAAUCAUCUUUCUAAGCACAGCAGCGUAGAUACAAAACGUUUGGUCCAAGUGUUGGCAUUGCCCAAGCAGACAGAGUGUAGGUUUCUUGUUACUGUAUUGUAACUUUAUGAUUUGUGUACUUUCAAGAAACAUCUUUUUAUAGUAUCCUUUUUCAAGUACACUGCAUGUGCAUGUACCUUAAAAAAACAUUAAUUUAAAAGAGAAGGUAAGAUGGUUUUUGUGCAUUGAAGAAAAAUGAAUUGAAUCUUUCUGAGGAGCCAUAAUUUAGUUCUUAAUCUGAGAAAAUAAAUCUAAAAUUCACACAAUGAUGAUAUACUGUAAUAAUAUUUGACACUUAAAAUUACAAUUAUAUUGUAGAUCUGAAAAAAAAUUAAUAUACUAUACAGUGUAAGUAAAAAAUUAAAACAAUGACAAUGCAA